UCUGACUGCUGUUAUGUGAUGCGCAAAAAGUAAAAGAAAUCAGAAACAGGUUAACGAAAAAAAGAGGGUUUGAGAUCUGAUUGGAUUUUGCCAAAUCUCAAAACUGGGGACUAGGUCCCUUUUUGAGGAGGAUCUUCUAUUUCUGUUUACCUUCCUUCCUUUCUCUGGUUUUUUCAUUGAGAAGGAUGGGUGUGGAGGUUAUGGGAUCUGAAAUGUCUCAAAUACCCGUUGAGACUGUUGCCAAAAUAGAUAAUUUGUUCGUGCAUGAGAAGGAAAAUGGAAAACUGGAUAAGGAAUCUGGGCUUGGAAAUCAGUUUGGUUCACACGAGGAGCCAGCUAAAGGAAAAGGGGAUGAGGUUGCAGAUUCCAAGUUUCCAAAAGAUGCAGUUGAUGAGUGGCCUGCUCCACAGCAGAUCCAUGCCUUUUAUUUUGUAAGAUACCGAUUAUUUGAUGAUCCGAAAAUAAAAUCCAAAAUUGACCAGUUUGACAGGGAGAUUCAGAAGAGCAAUCAGUCCCGUUUUCAGAUUACUGAGGAAUUGAAAGCAAAGAGGUCAGAACGUGCAGAAUUGCUGGAACAAGUGAGAGCUCUAAGAAAUGAGAAUGAACAGUACAGGACAAUUUUUGAUGAGAAGAGAAAGGAAAUAGAACCUCUACAGCAGGCUUUGGGAAAGCUGCGCAACACGAAUAAUCCAGGUCGUGGUGGUCUAUGUUCAUCUGAGGAAGAGCUUAAUGAUCUUAUAUACAGCUUGCAAUAUCGCAUACAACAUGAGAGCAUCCCAUUAACAGAGGAGAAGCAAAUACUUAGAGAAAUCAAACAGCUUCAGGGGACAAGGGAAAAAGUAAUUGCUAAUGCUGCUAUGAGAGCAAAGAUUCAGGAUGCAUUGGGCCAGAAAGAAGCUAUUCAAGACCAGGUCAAACUUAUGGGUGUGGAUUUGGAUGGAGUAAAAAAAGAGCAACAGGCAGUUAGGGGAAAAAUUACCCAGCUCAGGGAAAAAGUGAAUGGAUUAGAUGAUGAAAUCAAGUCUUUACAAGAUGAUCUGACAGCUGUGACACAAAAGAGGGACAAAGCAUUUGAAAAUAUCAAGUCAUUAAGACAACAACGUGAUGAAGGGAAUGUUCACUUCUAUAAUAGCCGCAAGGCCAUGACCGAAGCUAAAGAACUUGCUGCCAAUAAAGAUAUAGAGGCUCUUGAGAAUCUUUCCCUUGAAGAGGUUGAGAAAUUUAUGUCCCUCUGGAGCAGUAAUAAGGCUUUUAGAGAUGAUUAUGAGAAAAGAAUUUUGCCAUCUCUUGAUGCUCGACAGCUGAGCAGGGAUGGACGGAUCAGAAACCCUGAUGAGAAGCCAUUGGUGGUAUUGGAGACAGCAGUACCUUCUGCACCAGAGCCAGUGGCAAAAGCUAAUAUAAAACGAGUGAAGGAAGAGCCCAAAUCCACUGUACAGAAGGAUAAUUUGCCCACCCAGAAUAUACGGAAAGAAUCAAGCAAGACAGAUACAAGUGCCAGUUCAGAGCACGUUGAGGUGGCUGAAGAGAUCUCUGGGUUACAAAAGCAUCAAAUGAAUCCUCCUGCAAAGAUGGAAGUAGAUGAAGCAAAAUUGAAGGAGCUUAGAAGGGAAGAGGAGAUGGCAAAAGCUAAACAAGCCAUGGAAAGGAAGAAGAAAUUGGCUGACAAAGCUGCUGCUAAAGCAUUUAUAAGAGCUCAAAAGGAAGCUGAAAAGAAGCUUAAGGGGCGUGAAAAGAAAUUGAAGAAGAAAGCUGCAGCCACUGCACCUUCAGCUGAACCUGAGGAUCCAGCUGAAGAAGUUGCAGAGGCAGCAGAAACUGAGAAGGUUGAAGCACACGAUGAGUCUCUGGUUCCAGUGAAGGAAAAAGUUAAGAAGGAGAACGCGGUCAGACACAGGACUCGGCCAAGGGGUCCAGAUGCACUUACCAAAGCUAUCCUGAGGAGGAAAAAGUCGACCAACUAUUGGAUGUGGGCUGCUGUUGCGGCUGCUACGCUACUUCUUGUGCUUGUAGCUCUUGGAUGCUGCUAUCUUCUCUGAAGAAGUGAAACUAGGAUCAAGUAGAAGGGAUGUGGACAAUUUUCUGGUUGAUGAGCAUGAGAGUGGUAGGUUUAUAGGAGGAGGAAUUAAGACAUGUUUGUUUGUUGCAUCCGUGUUAGGAUGGAUUCAAAUCUCAUAAUGCUGGCGAUAGUAGCUUAGGCAGUUCAAAAUAUUUAGUGGGGAAAAAUAUGAUUUUCAUUUGGUUUAUUUUUUGUCCUAAAUUUUGACUAUUUGUUAAGUUUCAUGAAUGCUAACUUAAGCUUUUGCUUUGUUUGGCAA